CGCGCACGGCGCAAGGGCACGCGCACGCAGGAGUGAGUUUUUCCUGGGCUGCUGUGGAGCUAACUGUGGAGCUAACUGUGAGAGAGAAUGAGAAUGAGAAUGUGGCCUUUUCAAGUGAGAAUUAUUGAACAUUAAUAAUAUCGUGUAUAUGAGUUUACUGGGAUUUCCUGCUCCGACCAUGAGUUUAUUUCUUGGCCAGUCCUCUUUCUGCAGUUGAUGAUUCUCCAGCUGGUUUGGAGAUGACGGACAGCGUCAGGGCGUUCCUCCGCAACGUUGCGACGGGGAUGAAGGAUUCCAUUGUGGGGAUUGCAACGAUCACGAAGCUCGACGCUCGCAUCCAGCAGAAACGGGAAGAGCAGCGGCGGCGCCGUGCAAGCGGCCCACUGGCACUGAGACGGGCGCAGAGUCAGGACCGGAAACAUGAGAACGAGCCCAAAUUAGCAAGUCGCAUUUUCCAGUGCUGUGCUUGGAACGGAGGAGUGUUUUGGUUAAGUCUGUUUCUGUUCUACCGAGUGUUUAUACCACUGCUCCAGACUCUCACUGCAAAAAUUAUUGGUGAUCCGUCGCUGCACGGAAACGUGUGGUCCUGGUUGGAGUUCAUCCUGACGUCGGUGUUCAGUGCACUCUGGGUUCUCCCUCUGUUUGUGCUCAGCAAGAUCGUCAAUGCCAUUUGGUUCCAGGAUAUUGCUGAUCUGGCUUUUGAAGUAUCUGGACGCAAAGCUCAGCCUUUCCCAAGUGUGAGCAAGAUUAUAGCUGACAUGCUCUUCAACCUCCUCCUCCAGGCCCUCUUCCUCAUUCAGGGAAUGAUUGUGAGUUUGUUCCCCAUCGAUGCGAUCGGUCAGAUGGUCAGCCUCCUGCACAUGUCUCUGCUCUACUCACUCUACUGCUUUGAAUAUCGCUGGUUUAACCACGGGAUCGAGAUGCACCAGAGGCUGUCGAACAUCGAGAGGAACUGGCCGUAUUACUUUGGCUUCGGUUUGCCCAUGGCCCUGCUGACUGCACUGCCAUCUUCAUAUAUCAUCAGUGGCUGUCUCUUCUCCAUCCUCUUCCCGCUCUUCAUCAUCAGCGCCAACGAGGCCAAGACCCCUGUGAAGCUUUACCAUUUCCAGCUGCGUCUCUUCUCCCUGGUGGUCCUGAUCAGUAACAAGCUCUUCCACAAGACGGUUCAUCUGCAGACGUCUCUGACCUCCUCGAGCUCCACAGAGAAACUCGUGUCUCCUCACACGUCCCCGAUCCGCCACAAAGCUCCGCCCUCUCAGUGACCUCAGGCACUCUGUAGAUAGGAGUUUGAUUUGUGUUCUUUGUGUUUUAAAUGCUUUGUAUUGUUCUUGCGGAAGAUUGAUCAGACUUUUGUUGUAACUGUGAAUGAUGAGCUCGUGGGAUCGGACAGAGCUGUGCCUCCACAGUGGCGUACUGUUGGAUUGUUUUUUUUUUUUGUACCUGUUGUGUGCCAUUUGGGUGAUUUUUAUAGAAACGACAGCACAAAAACAUUUUAUUUUAACCGAGUCGCCUCGGUCACCGUCCUCCCUGCUCUUUUUACUGAAAAAAAAAGUCCCUUUAAUCCACAAAAUUGUCACCUUCGUGCUUGCAAUCUUGUUUACUGUUAUCUCUCAACCUGUCACUCAUACUUUAAUAAUAACGCUUUAAGAAGCUGAUCUUGUGUUAUAUUAUGAUGAACUAAACAAGCUGCUCUUUUCUAUCUGAUUGGACCUGUUUAGUAUAAAUGAAGAGGUGGAUGUGGAACUGCAAUCCAAUUGGUCAGUGAUCAGUUUGAAAAUGACGCUUUACGCUGCUGCUGUUGACACAUCUGGAACUGACAUUAAUGCCAUGUACAAGUCGAACCUCCACUACAGUCACCAUCCCACUUGUGAUAUUCAUAUAGACUUCGCUUAGGAAUCUCAACAGGUUACUAAUGUUUUACUGAAGCACAUGGCGAGGCCCCGUCUCACCGUCAGCGAAUCCACUCGGGGGGAGAUGUGUGGUGGACGACGACUUCUUUUAUUUUUACUUUGUUUUUUGAAACAGUGUCAUUUAAUGUAAGAAGUGAGUAGUGUUACAGAUGCAAAUGGGUAUUUGUGAGGUUUUUUUUUUGUAAAAAGUAUUAAACCUAAUUUCAAUAAAUUUGGUCUGGAUGUGGAAGCUUAAAGGUUUAAUAGAUUUUUUUUUUUUAUAUAUAUAUAAAUCAUGUUAUUCCCACCCCCCCAGCAGGAGUGCACAAACUUUUUUGCAACCGGGAAUCCCUUGCAAUGUUAAAUAAAACUGUUGAUCAGCUGAUCAGAGCACAGAUGUUAUCCUACUAGUGAAAUGGUGACUGUAUCAGUGUUCUCAUUCAACCCGUUUGUCAGUUGAUCUGUUAUUUCAGCUGAUCAUUAAACACGGAUUAAACCA